CUCUCUUUACUUUCCUUCAACAACAACAAAACACACCACAAGACUACUUACCUCAAUAUCAAUUAAUCUUCUUUGGGGUGCCGGCUGGUGUCAUGUUCAAGUCGGAGAUGACGGUGUCGGCUCCUUUUAAACGACAGAGAACACACCCUGACACUCUGAGCUUGUCUUCGGUAUCGACUCCGGCAAGUCGGGUCGAUCAUUUUGAAGAUUUAGUUGCACCUGGAGGUUGGCCUGAGUUGGCAAAGUACGAGAUCUCCUCUAAACAGUUUCGAACCAAUCCGAUGUAUUCUUCCCGAGUAAAGGCGAACUCGACUGUCGAGGGAGAGAUUAUUCCGAAAAAGAUCAGAAAGGGAAAAACCAAAGAAACGAAAUCGAAAUUAGAUAAAGAUCAGAACAAUAACAAUGUUGAAUGGGAGAACAAUGGAAAAAAUGACAAGUUAGAGAAGAAAAUGAAAGAAAAAGUUGAAGAAGAUGAAGAAUCAAAGAUUACUGAGGAAACAGAGAGAUGGAAAAAACACAAUAAUAAUUCAAAAGCAAAUUCUUCAGAAGAAAUUAAAAAAUUGGAUUAUUUUCAUGUUCGAGCACGUCGAGGCCAAGCCACUGAUAGCCAUAGUCUUGCUGAAAGAGCAAGGAGAGAGAAGAUAAGUGAAAGAAUGAAGUAUUUGCAAAAUUUGGUCCCUGGGUGUAACAAAAUUGCUGGAAAAGCUGGAAUGCUUGAUGAAAUUAUUAAUUAUGUUCAAUCUCUCCAACAACAAGUUGAGUUCUUAUCAAUGAAAGUGGCUGCUCUAAAUCACAGAGUUGAUUUCAUCAAUGUAGAUGACCUCUUGGCCAAACAGAUGUUUCCGACUAUAACGGGCGACAAUCGUUCAUCGUACGAUAAUCAAUUUGGAAUAAUGGGUUCAAGCUCUCUAGCAAUUCCACAAACUCCAUUGAUCAACAACAACUUGUCUUCAAUUACUCAAUUUGAAGUGUCUUCAACAUGGGGAGGUGAAUUACAAAGAUUUGAAGAAGGUGGAGGGGGGCCGCCAUUGUUGUCACCAUCAAGCUUUUUAUCUCACCAAUGUUCUGUCAUCGAAGAUGAAAAUGAAACAUUGUUUAUGGACCACAAACUUCUUCUUCCAUUUUAAAUUUAUUUAUUGAAUCUAUAUAUAUUCAAAUUAAUUCCAAACAAAAGUUGUUGGUUCAUAGAUUAAUUCAAUUUUUAUUUGGGAUUUGGUAUUUCUCAAUAUACCAUAUUCUUCUUCCUUUCUUUUCUUUUCUUUUUCAUUGUAAUUAAGUAGGGAUAUUAAUAAAUUAAAUGGUUCAAUUUUGAGUUGUUAGA